AUGUUUCUCCUUGAUCUUCCUAUUGAAAUUCUACUUUGCAUAGCAGAAUGUCUGGACAAAGCCAAGGAUAUAUUCAAACUGGCGUUUCUCAAUCGAGCAACCAGUGCUCUUUUCCUCCCUUUUCUGUGCAAGUUCAACGUACGCAAACAACGCAGCUCUGCCUUACUUUGGAGUGUUAUUCGAUGUGAAUCGGGAUUUGUGGGGAAGAUGCUGCACAAUUACCAAGCGGACGCAAACACUACAGAUGAUAAGUCUCGCACACCCAUUUUUCAUGCGAUCCGUGCUGAGAACGAGACGAUUAUUCGCAUGCUCCUCUUUGGUAACAGAGGAGAUAUUAAUUGGCAAGAUAAGUACCAGCAGACUCCAUUGAUAUACGCUAUGAGAAGGGGACUUCGGUCUACUGCCUCACUUUUACUGGACUUCAACCCAUGCCUGGAUAAAAGAGACCACAAGCAUCGGUCUGCUAUCUGGUAUGCCAUUGCUCAUAGCGAUGAGAGCCUGGUGGAAGUUCUUUUGAAAAGGGGCGGCGAUAUAUGCACGCCAGACUACAAACAGAUUUCACCAAUCAGCCUUGCUAUUGCCAGGAAAAGCGUGAAAAUCACCAGAAUGUUGCUCCUACAUUCGGAAGACAUCUCAGGAAAGUCCUUACUGAAAGAUACUCAUGCCAGAGACCGUUUGCUCUGGCGAGCUGUACAGGCGGGCCUCCAAGAUAUCGUCUCGCUACUAGUUGCUAACGGCGCAAAUCCCAAUUCAAGAGCUAGAGAUGGUAAGACCCUGUUGCAUCAAGCCACAGAAAAGGGUAACAGGAAAGUAGUUCAGCAGCUGCUUACCUAUAAAGAGACUUGCGUCAAAGCGAGGGACAUUUACGGUCGCACUGUCUUUCACAUCGCAGCCGAAUAUGGUGACCGGUCGAUUAUUAAUCUUCUGUUGAUCGAUGGAGCCGUGGAUAUCAAUGCCUUGGAUGUUAAUGGAGCUACUGCACUCUGCUUAGCUGUGCAUGCAAAUCAUACCGCCAUAGCUUUACAGAUUCUCGCAAAUGACCAUGUACGUAUCAACGUGGCAGGCCAAAAUGGCAGGACACCUCUUCAUCAUGCGGUGAUGACGGGAAAUAUGCCAAUAAUAUGUGCCCUUCUCGACAAUGAGGAUCUAGAUCCUAACAUUCGCGACGACGAGGAAUGGGUUCCCCUCACCCAUGCUGCUUUUAAUGGUGACCUGCGCGUGGUGGAAUUACUUCUUGUAAGAAAGGACAUACAAGUGAACGUGGAACAGGCCCCUCCCCUUUUCUACGCUGCCAAAAAGGGUCAUCUAGACGUUGUGCGUCGAUUACUUUGCGUUGAUACCAUCGAUAUCAAUCAGCAAUUUUGGAACACCUCACCCCUCUGUACUGCCUCCGAGAUGGGCCACUUUGAAGUGGUCAAGCUACUUCUUCAACACACAAUGCCACCCGACAUCAAUCUCAAAACUUACUUGGGAAACACUGCGCUUUCCUUGGCCGCAUACAAUGGACACUUGGCUAUUAUCGAUCUCUUGCUUGCAGAGACUGGUCUGGAUGUCACCGCUACUGAUAAGUUUGGGGCUUCUUGCUAG